AACACAGACAUACACAGACAUACACAGACAUACACGCGGCUGUCUGCAAGAGCCCCCUGUGUUAUUGUGACUGGGUGAAUGCAGAGGGGGGGUAAUCACCCGGUCACGGUGACUCGCCCGUGGUGGGCUAACUAGUGGAGCCCACACAGCCAUUAAGUGACUCACACUCAGGAGCAGAACCAGACUCUCCCUCCUCCCUUCUCCCCCUCUCUCUCUCCCCCGUCAGCAUGGACAUGGAGCGUACCGUCACCCUCUCCACGGGACAGAGGAUGCCGGUGGUGGGACUGGGAACCUGGAAGAGUGCCGCAGGACAGGUGGAGCAGGCGGUGUUGUCUGCGUUGGACUGCGGCUACAGACAUGUUGACUGCGCCUCUGCCUACGGCAACGAGGAGGAAGUGGGAGGAGCCCUGGCUCAGAGGGUCGGCCCCGGGAAGGAGCUGCGUCGUGAGGAGGUGUUUGUGACGUCUAAGCUGUGGAACACCAAGCACCACCCAGAGGAUGUGGAGGAGGCCUGCAGGAGCAGCCUGGCCCAGCUCAGCCUCUCCUACCUGGACCUCUACCUGGUCCACUGGCCCAUGGCCUUCCAGCGGGGGGAGGAGCUGAUGCCGCGGCGGGCCGACGGUACCGUCUGCUACUCUGACACCCACUACCUGGAGACCUGGCGGGCCAUGGAGGCGCUGGUGGACCAGGGCCUGGUCCGGGCCAUCGGCCUCUCCAACUUCAGCGCCCGGCAGAUGGACGACGUCAUCGGCGCGGCCCGCCACCGACCGGCCGUCAACCAGGUGGAGUGCCAUCCGUAUUUAUCACAGGCCAGCCUGCUGUCUCACUGCCGGUCUGUGGGGGUCUGCAUGACGGCCUACAGCCCCCUGGGCAGCGGCGACCGGCCCUGGGCCUCAGCAGACGAGCCACGCCUGCUGGAUGACCCCAAACUGGGGGCUAUCGCAGAGAAGUACCAGAAGACCGCCGCCCAAGUGGUGCUCAGGUGGCAGGUCCAGAGGGGCGUGGUCUGCGUCCCCAAGAGCGUCACCCCGUCCAGAAUCCAGCAGAACCUGCAGGUGUGCGACUUCAGUCUGUCGAAGGAGGACAUGAGGCAGGUGGAGGCCCUGGACCGCGGCGAGCGCUACAUCGUCCCCACGGUAGAGCGGGACGGCCAGCGGGUGUGGAGGGACGCGGAGCACCCCCACUUCCCCUUCCACGACGCCUUCUGACACCCUGCGUCUGAAACAGGGCUGACACCCUGCGUCUGAAACGGGGCUGACACCCUGCGUCUGAAACAGGGCCGACACCCUGCGUCUGAAACAGGGCUGACACCCUGCGUCUGAAACAGGGCUCCACGCAAGCGCAUUGAUUUGAGCCCCAAAUUUAAAAAUAAAGUUUUCUUUGAACUGAAUAUUAUGCAACUCUGCAAUUGUGUUCCGUGUCCCCUUUCA